ACGCGCGGGCGCCAUGUUGGCAGGGCCGCUCCGGGUUGGAAGUGUCGGCGGCGGGUUUUGUCCCGCGAGGAAAGUCUCCUUGUAGGUCUCCAGUCCUUCGUGUGUCCCUCUGGAAUUUUACAAAGUUCAGAAAACAUGUCUCGAAGAUAUGAUUCCCGGACCACUAUAUUCUCUCCGGAAGGUCGCUUGUACCAAGUGGAGUAUGCCAUGGAGGCUAUUGGGCACGCAGGCACCUGCCUGGGAAUUUUAGCCAACGAUGGGGUUUUGCUUGCCGCAGAGAGACGCAACAUCCACAAGCUUCUGGAUGAAGUCUUUUUCUCUGAGAAAAUUUACAAGCUGAAUGAGGACAUGGCUUGCAGUGUGGCAGGCAUAACUUCUGACGCUAAUGUUCUGACCAACGAACUGAGGCUCAUUGCGCAGAGGUACUUGUUACAGUAUCAGGAGCCCAUUCCUUGUGAGCAGUUGGUCACAGCACUGUGUGAUAUCAAGCAAGCUUACACACAGUUUGGAGGAAAGCGUCCCUUCGGCGUGUCCUUGCUCUACAUCGGCUGGGACAAGCACUACGGCUUUCAGCUCUACCAGAGUGACCCCAGCGGCAAUUACGGAGGGUGGAAAGCCACGUGCAUCGGCAAUAAUAGUGCCGCAGCUGUGUCAAUGUUAAAACAAGACUACAAAGAAGGAGAAAUGACUUUGAAGUCAGCACUUGCUUUAGCUAUCAAAGUCCUAAAUAAGACCAUGGAUGUGAGUAAACUCUCUGCUGAAAAAGUGGAAAUCGCCGCCCUAACAAGAGAGAACGGGAAGACGGUCAUCAGAGUCCUCAAACAGAAAGAGGUGGAGCAGCUGAUCAAAAACCACGAAGAAGAAGAGGCUAAAGCGGAGCGUGAGAAGAAGGAAAAAGAACAGAAAGAGAAGGACAAAUAGAAGGAAGGACCAUGGGUUUUGUACCUCGCCUGGGGCCGUGUCAGCGUCCGGCCCUCCUUCCCCGCCUGCGAAAGCUCUGACUUGUGCCGGCGUGUGUGGCGGGGGACCGGGACGGCACCAGCCGGCGCUGGCCGCUCGAGGCUUGUAUUGACGCAUACUCUUCAUGGACACCCCGCCCUUGUUUUGGUGAAUAAAACUUGAAAAGGAUGGAAA